UUGUGUGGAAGUGCUAUGGGAGAUAUCUUUCCGUUUAUUUUCUCUUCAAUUUGGGGACUUUUACCCAUUUGCUUAUACCCAGAAUGCUCGAUAUGACAGAUUAAACAACCUCGAUCGUUUCGGCAGGCAUCCGUGGGGUUUUGGGUACAGAAAGUGCUGCAGUGUGCCAGGCAGCUGUGCAUUGUGAACAACUGGAAAGAUGUCAUCCAGCAGCUCAUCCAGCUCCAGCUCCAGCUCUGACAGUUCUGGAAGCUCAUCUGACUCAUCAUCAUCUGACACAGCACAGUCUGCUGCAUCACAAGGGUCAAAAAGGUCCAGGAAGUCGCCAGUCAAAAGUCCGAAAGCACAUUCAGACUGGCACAAAUCCUCCAGCAAUUCAACUGCGCCAAAGCCUGACAGGUCAUCGGACGCGCACCCGAAGGCGGCCAGCCGCAAGGUGAGCUCGACCACGGGGCCGGCCGCUGACCGGGCCGGCGCCGUCCCGGGCCGGGCGUCCCAGCGCAGUCCAGCGCGGCGCGCGCCUCCAGACGCCAAGGCGGCCAACAAGAGCAUCUUCAGCCCAGACGAGAGUAGCGGCAGCGAAGCCGACACGGCCAAGCGCGCGCCGGCUGGCCCGCCCGCCAAGAAAGCCAACGGCUCCGCCACCAAGAACUCGUCCGCCUCGUCGCGUAUCGGCUCUGUCUUCAACUGGAGGCUGCGCAGACCUGUCACUGUCACACACGCCGCGCCCAAACAGCCGGCCAACUCGUCCGACAGCGAGGCCGUGCGCCGGCGCACGCGCAGCGCGCGCGGCUCGCGCUCGCUCAAGCGCUCGGCCAUCUACAACACCGACUCGGAGUCGGAGACGGCUGGCAGCUAA